AGUUAAUUUCUAACGAUGCUGCCUUGCUACAUGACAUACCACAUGUUGAAAAUUAUGAUGCUCAAACUAUUGUCACCAAAGUCAAUAAAAAGCAAUUCAAUUCUUCAAUCAGAAUGGUAAUUUACCGCUGCCUUGAACUAAAUGUGCCUGUUGAGGCGAUAUCAAAGGUAAUUGCGUUCUGCACUGAUCUCUGCAAUGCACAAGUUGACCUGCCAUCAGUGUCUACAAUUGCACAGAUGUGUCGUGAAAUGGCAGUUUUGGCUGAGCUUCAAGUUUCUGAGGCCAUUGUUGAUUCGGAUGUUGUAACCAUAGCGUUUGAUGCAACAACUAUAUCCGGUAAACACAUAAAUGAAGUUCAUUUUGGAACGCCUGAAAAUGUUUUCACCGCAAACAUUACGGAACUGGCAGGAGGCAGAGCUGAGGACUAUGCUGGUCAUGUACUUAACACAAUUGAGGACUUGGCAACAACGUACUCUUCCUUUUGUGAAGUUGAUAAGGAGGAAACAAAACUUCAAAUGUGUGGAAAGGUUUCAUCCACGUUGACAGAUAGGGCCUCAGCCAACCACGCUGCAGUACUACUGCUGAAUGAAAAACUUCAGACAAACUUACUUGAACUGAAUUGUCACUUACACCCUCUUGAUGGCAUAGCCAAUGAAGUAAGGAAGACUUUUCAAAAAUUUAAUUCCCUUAUUCCCAGUGACACAUUUGGUUCAGACUGUCGAGCUGCUAACUUGCUGUAUGGAAUAUCUAAGCUGAGGUACAAAGCAAAGGGAGAUCCUACAGGAUUCAAGGCUUUUCUCAGGCAGCAUUCCUUGGCAUGUGGUAUUUUCCCUAGAUAUGUUGGUAAUAGGUUGCACGUGAUGUUCUGCCUGGCUGGUAUUGUAUACAGACACAGGCAUCUUCUGGUGCUAUAUUUAGAAAAAUAUUGCAGCAACAUAUCAUUAAGAGCUGCACUACUAAAGGACUUAAAAAAUGACAUUAUUAUUUCCCAGUUGCAGGCACUUGGACUUUGGGGGAAAUACCUAACCGGGGCUUGGAUGUCAGUCUUCUAUGCCAAAGAAUCAAAACGGAAUCAUUUUGACAUGGUUGAAUAUCAAAAGGUGGCGAUGAAAUUCAUUGCUAGAGUAAUUGCUGAGCCAGAAUACCUUUUGAUUGGAUGUGAGGAUGCCUUUGGACGCCCCUUAAUUGCGGAUGAAACUUUGUCAUCUCUGCUGAUUGUAGAUGACACCAACCUCAAGGCCUUUAGUACUGCCACUAAAGCCAUGGCCACAGCCACCCAAACUGUCCUCAGCCGUCAGCUUUCCCGCUACCUGGAGGGUGAUUUAGCUGCACCUACUGAGGCCAUGUUAGCUGCAGCAGCCAGUGCCCCCGUACACAACAUCUGGGCUGAGAGGGCCCUUGGUGUUGUUGAUUCAUUGUCGCGCAGGGCCCCAAAUUCAGAGAUAACUUUUUUAGAUGCAAAAACUAAAGUAAAGCUGAACAAAUCGUUGGACUGGCUGUCAUCCAAGCCUGCAGCAGUUCAACAACAAAUAAUCCAAUUUUGUAUUAAGAGGGGUGCAGUUUGUAGAAAGUUAGGAAAGGAUAGGAGGAUAGAGAAAGAAAGGGAGCUGCAGCGACGGCUGAUGGAAAAAAGCCAGAAAAGAGACAUGGGAAACCGAAACAAAAUUGCUAAAGCUAUUAAACAGCUAUUGAUCGAGAAGGAGCUUUUCACUGUUAUUAAUGACCCUGUAUUUGCCAAUGUUAGUAGUUUUCAAAGAAAAAAAUUGUCAAUUUUUUUGUCAGAUAGGGUAGAGGGGGCGAGGAUUGAGCAUAAGUGGAAUGUGAAUGGAGAGGAUGUUAUUUUUAGUGGUAGGUUUAUUUUAAAGUUAAAGAAAAAAUCAGCUGUAGAUUCAUUUAGAGUAGCUUAUUGGAAAGAAAAUGAAACAGAGGAUGAUGCUGAAGAUGUGUGCGUCUCGUUUGACAGUAUUUUAGCUGAUGUUGUUUUAGGUGACUUGUUAUUUUGCUAGUCUUGUAAUUACUAUGUAAUUAUAUUAUUUAUAUUAAAUUUAAUUUUUAUCAACAGUGUU